AUGGAAACUAAAAAAGUUAAAUUAGCUGAUUAUGACAUAAUGAAUACUUUAGGCACUGGUUCAUUUGGAAGAGUAAAAUUGGCAAAAUAAAAAUCGAAUAAUAAAUAUGUGGCACUAAAAAUGUUAAAAAAAAUUGAAAUAAUACGAUUGAAAUAAGUUGAUCAUAUUGUAAGUGAAUUCAAAAUUUUGAAGUAAAUAAAACAUCCAUUUCUUGUAAAUAUUAGAAAUGAAUAUAUGGUUACACUUAGGAUGAACGAUAUUUAUAUUUUGUUUUAGAAUACAUAUAAGGAGGAGAAUUAUUUACUUAUUUAAGGAAUGCUGGCACUGUAUAAAAUUAAGAGGCUUAGUAAAUCACUUGUCUACAGUAGAUUCUACUCAGCUUAAGUUGUUUUAAUGUUUGAAUAUCUCCACACAAAGAAUAUUGUGUAUAGAGAUUUGAAGCCAGAAAAUCUGUUAGUUUAAGGAGAUGGUUAUUUAAAAUUGACUGAUUUUGGUUUUGCUAAAGUUGUUGAAGAUAGAACCUAUACAUUAUGUGGAACUCCUGAAUAUUUAGCUCCAGAAAUCUUAUUAAAUAAAGGUAUCAAUGAAAUCUUAAACAAAAUUUAAGGUCAUAGUUAACCUGUAGAUUGGUGGUGUUUGGGAAUAUUUUUAUAUGAAAUGCUUGCAGGUAUUAGUUUUAUAGUUGAAAUCCAAAGGAAUUGAUCCAUUUAAUGAUGAGGAUCCAAUGGCAAUAUAUUAGAAAAUAUUGAAGGGAAAAGUUAAAUUUCCUCGUAAUUUUGAUAAGUAAUUGAAAGUUUAGAUUAUAAAAUUUAGUGAAGCCAAAAGUUUAGUAAAACAUUUAUUGGAAUAAGAUGUGACAAAAAGAUUUGGUAAUUUGAAAAAUGGAGUUGAGGAUAUUAAAUAACAUAAAUGGUAUGAAACUUUAAAUUGGAAGGAUUUGUUUACAAAAAGAAUAAAACCUUUAUAUAUUCCAAUUAUUUAGUAUAAAAAUGAUUAAUAUAAAGAUCUGAUUACGAUACUUCUAAUUUUGCUACUUAUCCUGAGAGUAGUGAAUUGCCAGACCCAGUUAAAUAAAAAGAUGAUCCUUUUGAAGAUUGGUGAC